AUUAAUUUAGAUACUAAUUAAUCGUUAAAAAUGUGGGCCGGACCUGCACAUGUCGAUGACGGGGCCGGAGGCAUUCACUUUAUGGACGGACAGCCAGUCCAUGACGGCAAUUUUGGUGGAUCAAACUUCGUCGACGGAGGGAUCAACGUAGCUGAUGGCAAUUUCGGUGGAUCAAAUCUCGUAGACAAUGGAAUAAAUGUCGCAGACGGCAAUUUCGGUGGAUCAAAUCUCUUACAUGAUGGAAUUAAUGUCGCAGAUGGCAAUUUUGGUGGAUCAAAUUUUGUAGAUGGAGGGGUAAAUGUUGCAGACGGUGAUUUCGGUGGGGUAAAUGUGGUAGAAGGUGGGUAUGGGGGUGGCUCAGCAAUGAGGGCAUUUAGCGGGGAAGUUGAAGAGGAAGCGGAAGCGGAGGAGGAGCCAGAAGCGGAGGAGGAGCCAGAAGAAGCCGAAUAAAUUAAGUUUA